AUGUCCACGUCUCGGACCGAAGCGAUUGUGAACGCAACACAUCAACUGUACCUGGCUCAGAAAUGGAACCCCCCUCCGAAGACAUUCACCAUCCUAGCUUCGCUCUCGCUGGUCUCUGCUACUGGCGAGUUCAAAGUCAUUGGGAUGGGCUGCGGCUGUAAAUGUCUCCCAGAAAACAAGCUGCCUCUGUACGGAGAAGCUCUCCACGACAGUCACGCGGAGAUUCUUGCUCGCCGCUGCGCCGUACGUUGGCUUCUCGAAGAAAUAGGCCGCGUCGCGCGUGGUCGCCCGUCUCCUUGGCUGCGACAACAAGCAGAUGGAAAGUAUGAUCUAUCCGAAGGCGUACAUCUGAAAAUGUACAUUUCCACACCUCCUUGCGGUGACGCGUCGAUGCAAUUCUUAGCCUCGGUGCAGGACGAGCAAAUGGCGGCGCUAAAGAACUCCCAGGUCUUCACAGAUCUUCAGCCCGGGGCUACCUCCCGAGGCCGCAACAACUACUCGCUCUAUGGUGUACUUCGGAGUAAACCCGGACGCGCGGAUUCACCUCCAACCCGAUGCAUGUCCUGCAGCGAUAAAAUAGCAAGCUGGAAUGUCCUAGGUAUACAGGGAGCACUGGGCUCGCAUUUUCUCCGGCCGAUAUAUAUCUCCGCGAUCAUCAUAGGCGAGGUCGAUGAUGAUCAAUAUGCCGUGCUUGAAGAUUGUGAACGGGCUUUGUGGAGGCGGCUCGACAAUUCGUCAGAUAUGCAUCUACCAAAUACCUACACUCUCAACCGCCCGGUUAUCGAGUUCACACCGAUCCGUUUCAUCCACUCAAAGACAUCUAUCACCGGACCCAGUCAAUCGGCACCAUCGUGUAACGAAUCACUUUGCUGGAUAGCCGAUUCAACAGCAAAGGCCGAAAUAUUGAUCAACGGCAUGAAGCGGGGCGUAUCCCCAAAAGAUCGAUACAAAGAACGCUUCAGACCCAUCCUAUCCAAAGCGGCUUUUCUGCACUUGUACAACGAUCUAGUGAAGGUGUUGGGGGAAGCAAGCGAUGGGAAUACUUGUUACCGCGAGGUCAAAGACGCGAGCGCGGCAUAUCAGCUAGCAAAAGAGUGCCUGCGUGGCUCAGGACAACCCUUCUUAGGCUGGCUGCGCAGCGGCUCCGCGGGCGAGAGGUUCACUGCGAACAUGACAUGUCCACCAUCACCUGGCGGAAAUCGAUUGCACGAAAGUCCGAUUACAGGGUAG